CUUCCUUCGUCUCGCAUUGAGCGCUGAGGAGGAGGACAUGCGAUUCGAUUCUCCGUUGGAAUCGUCGGGAGCAGCGAUUGGACGGCGCAGAGAACAUGUCCGAGGCCAAGGACCCCGCGAUCAAGCUCUUCGGCACCACCAUCCCCGUGGUGGCUUCCUCUCCGACCAGGAUUGCGGAUGCUGAGGACUCCGAGGUUGAGGCGGCGGACACGGAGCCCGUCGUGUCUGCGGCCGAGGGGCAGAAAGAUGCAUCUGAAGGAGUAACAAAUGUGGAAGUCGACAAUGUUUUGGCUACAGAAACUGAUGAAGAGGAUGAAGGUGCACCGAUCAGUUCAUCCGGUUUGACCAGUAGCCAUAAAGAUGAACUCAACAAAACCUCCAUUGCAGAUGAAAAAGUAGCAGAAAAAGGCAAAUCUGAGGACACCAAAACUGAGACUGAUUGCUCGACACAAGAAAAGGUUCUCAAGAAGCCGGAUAAGAUUCUACCGUGCCCGCGCUGUAAUAGCAUGGACACCAAAUUCUGCUAUUACAACAACUACAAUGUUAACCAACCGAGACACUUCUGCAAGAACUGCCAGAGGUAUUGGACUGCCGGAGGAACAAUGAGGAACGUCCCUGUGGGUGCCGGCAGGCGUAAGAGCAAGCAUUCGGUGGCUUUACAGUGUCGGAGCUUGGUGAUUCCUUCAACCGGGUUACAGUCUACUCAACCGGACACUCCGAACUCGACUCAUCAUCAACGAGCUCUCCCGUGUGUGCCGACGUCCCCUGCAGGACCUCUGAUCGGAAAUGGCACCGUCCUUAGAUUUGGACAAGAGGUUCCUCUCUGCGAGUCCGUGGCCUCUGUGCUCGGUAUCAGAGGAGAGCAAGGUGAGACUGCCGAUUCUGGCUCCACGAUACGUGGAGACAACAGGGAGGAGCCUUGCCGUGCAUCUUCUGACAUGGAACGAAGCAGCGUGCAAGUUCACUGCAACGGACUUGCUACCUGGGCGUAUCCAUGGAGACCAACUUGGAACGAUGUGGCUGCCAUGGAAGCGCAUUCUUGCAGACCAGAGAAUGGCGAUUGGAGAUCGGUUCCGUGGGGUGCCGGAGCGGUGAUGGCAGCAACACUCCCUUUCCCUCUCAUGGCAGCUCCAUUUUGGGGCUACACCGCCUGGCCAAAUGGGACGUGGAAUGUAUCUUCUACGAGCAACAGAGGUUGUUCAGGAAAUGACUCGCCGACUUUGGGGAAGCAUUCCAGAGAUAGCAACUUAGAGAGCGAGGCGGAGACGAUGGAGAAGUCUUUGUGGGUUCCGAAGACUCUUAGGAUAGAUGAUCCAGAGGAGGCUGCAAAGAGUUCGAUAUGGGCUGCGUUAGGUAUCAAGCCUGACAUGGGUGGUAUCAUCUUCCAGUCCAAGGCCGAGAAGAGAGCUAAUAAGUCGGAUGUCGCACGUAUAUUGCAUGCAAAUCCUGCUGCAUUGUCCAGAUUCGAGUCAUUCCAAGAAAGCACAUAGAAAUCCUGCUUAGGUUUGUGACAGAGAAAGCAGGAUGACAAGUUCCUGUGUUGCUCACACGCAAGCAGGGAAGAGCUCGGCUUGUCAACGACACCUGAUGUUGUGCAGGAACUCCAUGUUGUAAAUACAAGAGGGUGCAGUCUGUACCUUCAGAUUUCUACUCCAGAGAAAUAGUUCAGAACAAAAAACAUAGCGUUGGAACUGAGCAAGUGCUGAAUCUUGAAUCAAUAAUAUCCUUCUAGCACAGAAGAAUAAAUUUGACUUGUGUUUUUGUGUGGUCA